UGCUUUAAAUGCAAGUAGUGAAUUUUGACAUUUUCUUUUUAAAUAUUCGGGGCCACGCAGCUAGGCGUUUGCCAUUUCUUAUUUAAAAAAAUAAUAAUUUUUCAGGAUGGCUAAUCGAAGGGACAACGAAGAGACAGACAAGCAGACACGUAUUGCCAUCGUGAGUGAUGACAAGUGCAAGCCAAAACGUUGUCGCCAAGAAUGCAAAAAAUCUUGUCCAGUGGUGCGUAUGGGUAAAUUGUGUAUUGAGGUCGGACCUACUUCGAAAAUUGCUUCAUUGUCUGAGGAACUAUGCAUUGGUUGCGGUAUAUGUGUCAAGAAAUGUCCUUUUGAAGCCAUUACCAUUAUCAAUAUUCCUAGCAAUUUAGAAAAGCAUACCACACAUCGGUACGGCAAGAAUUCAUUUAAAUUGCAUCGUUUGCCCAUACCGCGUCCUGGGGAAGUAUUAGGUUUAGUAGGGCAGAACGGUAUAGGAAAGUCAACAGCUCUAAAAAUUCUAGCAGGCAAACAAAAACCCAACUUGGGCCGUUAUAUUGAUCCCCCAGACUGGACUGAAAUUUUGGCCUAUUUCCGCGGAUCUGAAUUGCAGAACUACUUUACGAAAAUCCUUGAAGAUAAUCUGAGAGCUUUGGUAAAGCCCCAAUAUGUCGAUCAAAUUCCCAAGGCUGUACGUGGUGCUGUAUCCGAACUUUUGGACAAAAAGAAUGAGCGUGAAAACCAAACCGAAAUUUGCGAAAUGUUAGAUCUUACACAUAUUCGUGACCGUAAUGUUGGUGAAUUGUCUGGUGGAGAAUUGCAGCGUUUUGCUAUUGCUAUGGUGUGCAUUCAAAAUGGUGACAUUUUCAUGUUUGAUGAACCUUCUUCGUAUUUGGAUGUCAAACAACGUUUGAAUGCUGCUUUAACGAUACGAAGUUUGUUGCAUCCAACAAAAUUCAUCAUUGUUGUCGAGCAUGAUUUAUCUGUGUUGGAUUAUCUGUCCGAUUUCAUUUGUUGUUUGUAUGGUGUUCCUGGUUGUUAUGGUGUCGUUACUAUGCCUUUCUCAGUACGCGAAGGUAUAAACAUUUUCUUGGAUGGUUUUGUUCCUACCGAAAACAUGCGUUUCCGUACUGAAUCCUUAACCUUUAAGGUUUCCGAAUCGGCAACAGAGGAAGAAGUCAAGCGUAUGAAUCACUAUGUGUAUCCUUCUAUGACAAAAACUUUGGGUAAAUUCUCGUUGACUGUUCAAGAAGGCCACUUCAGUGACUCUGAAAUUUUGGUAUUGCUUGGUGAAAACGGUACAGGAAAAACUACAUUCAUUCGUAUGUUAGCCGGUAAUUUGCAACCGGAUAGUAACGUUGAUUUGCCUGUAUUGAAUAUUUCCUACAAACCCCAAAAAAUUUCGCCCAAGUAUCAAAAUCAUGUUCGUCAUUUGUUGCACGAAAAGAUACGUGAUGCUUACGUUCAUCCUCAAUUCAUUGCCGAUGUCAUGAAGCCAAUGAAAAUUGAAGAAAUUAUGGAUCAAGAAGUACAAAACUUGUCUGGUGGUGAAUUGCAACGUGUUGCUUUAGUUUUGUGUUUGGGUAAGCCUGCCGAUGUGUAUCUAAUCGAUGAACCCUCAGCUUAUUUGGAUUCAGAACAACGUUUAGUAGCUGCCAAGGUCAUUAAGCGUUAUAUUCUUCACGCAAAACGUACCGGUUUUGUAGUAGAGCACGAUUUCAUUAUGGCUACUUACUUGGCAGAUCGUGUCAUUGUCUUGGAAGGUCAACCCUCAGUGAAAACAACAGCAUUUUCUCCACAGUCCCUGUUGAAUGGCAUGAAUCGUUUCUUGGAAUUAUUGGGUAUUACCUUCCGCCGCGAUCCCAAUAACUUUAGACCACGCAUCAACAAAAACAAUUCCGUGAAGGAUACUGAGCAAAAACGUUCCGGUCAAUUCUUCUUUUUAGAAGAUGAAGGCAGAUAAACAUUCUGAACUUUUCCAGAGCCAUUGAAUAUGAAGACAGAUUAUUAAGACGCCCCUAUACAAUAUUUCUUAACUAACUCAAUAAUCAACAACAUCCUACAAAUAUUUCUACAUCAUUUUUUCUACUUUGUAUUUUACUGGAGUUUUUUGUAUUUUAGUUAACAUAAUUUUAUAUAAUUGUUUUCUUUAAUGCAUACUUUUUUUCAAUAGCAAGACAAAAAAUAAAAUACAAUUUAGUGAAAUAAAGCGUAACAAAAACCAAUCAAUAAAUAAAGUUAUGCAAGAAAAAAAUGUACGCAUAACGAAAAAACAAAAAAAAA